CCUCUCUCUCGCUCUCGCUGUCUCGCUGUCUCGCUGUCUAGCUCUCGCUCAAGAUGUCCAAGGAAAAUGCAGCCAUAAAUGAAGAAAUCACAGAGGAGCAAAGGGCUCGAAUUUCUCAGAAUUUUAGAGCGGCGAAGGCCCUUCUCGCUCGCAAGCGCCCUCGUGAAACCUCCGCCAAUUUUCUCAACCGGCUUCAUCAAAGAAAUGGGGAUGCAAAUAGAAUUGAAACAUUGGCUCAGGCAGAAAACAUCAAAAGACUUCCUCUUGCUGAGGUAUCAAUAAACACACCGUCACCAUUUUCUAAAAAGGGAUUCAAGACAACAGAUGGUGAAUGUGAAAAAAGUUCAUGUUCUGGGGGCAUAACUAUCAAUAGGAGUAAGUCAGUUCAUGAUGGUUUGUGUGUGAGAGCUGUCGGCGUUCCGCUAGUGGAUGGGUUUAUAUUAGACUCUUCUGAAACUCCAAUGAAAGGGAAAGUAUGCCCAAGUGUAGGUGACUCUUUAAUGUCAACAAAUAUUCUAGAUGACGAUCUUUGUGAGUCCAUUUUGGAAGAAAUCGAUGCAUUGUGUGAGCAGAAGUCAGCAGCAAAAACAGAAGGACAGUGUCCAAAUAGUGUCAUUUCUAUGGAAAGUCAAUUUAGAGUAAAGAAUGGUGGGAAAGAUAGUUCCAACUGGGGUUCUGUUGAUGCGGAUAAGUUUUUACUGACUGCGAGCAUGCUGCGUUUAGAGGGUGAUUUAAAUUCUGGAGCAGAGCAAGCUGCACAGCCUGCAAGCAUGCCUGACGAAUAUUCAAAGUAUUUGCAAUCUCUGAAUGACACGCAGCGGGAGGCAGCUUGUAGUGAUAUUUCAAUCCCUCUGAUGAUUGUUGCUGGUCCGGGAAGUGGAAAGACUUCUACAAUGGUUGGUCGCAUUCUUAUGCUGCUUAAUGAGGGCAUCAGUCCGUCCAACAUUCUAGCAAUGACUUUCACUACUGCAGCUGCUUCUGAGAUGAGUGGUCGAAUUGCUGCAGUGGCUGGGAAAGAGACAGCAAAAGAAGUUACAGUUAGCACAUUCCACUCCUUUGCUUUGCAACUCUGUCGUUCACAUGCUGAGAAGUUAGGACGGACAUCAGAAUUUUUAAUAUAUGGGCAUGGGCAGCAGAGAAGAGCGAUUAUUGAGGCUGUGCGGAUAUUCGAAACUGAAAACAGCAAAAAAAAUAAUAACGGUUGCAAAGUUGGUGAAGAGUCAAAUGAUAUAAAUUCUCCACAAAACUUCAAGGAUAAGUCAAAGAAGUGGCAGAAGUUCGUUACUCAGGCUAAAGCUUCUGGAAAAACUCCUGAAGAAUGUCGUAAUAUGGGUGAUGAGAUCGGAGCAUCAAUUCUUGGGAACUACAGUAACAUAUUGAGAACUUGUAAUGCUCUGGACUACCAUGACCUAAUUAGCUGUUCAGUGAAGCUGCUAAGUGAUUUUCCUGAAGUUUUCCGGGAGUGCCAGGAAUCUUGGAAAGCAGUUGUAAUAGAUGAGUUUCAGGACACAAGUGCCAUGCAAUACUGUCUUCUUCGUAUUCUUGCUUCGCAUAACCGCAUAACUAUUGUUGGUGAUGAGGAUCAGUCCAUUUUCAGUUUUAAUGGAGCCGAUGUUUCUGGAUUUAAUUCAUUUCGAAAAGAUUUCCCAAAUCACAAAGAGAUCAGGCUUAAUAAAAACUAUCGGUCCACACGCUGUAUUCUUGAGGCUGCAUCAUCUCUUAUUCAAAACAAUAUGAAGCGUUGCCAGUCAAAGAAAGUUCUUACUGAUAAUUCUACUGGAUCUAGGGUAACUAUCAAAGAAUGUCACAGUGAGGAAGCACAGUGUGCAUUUGUUGUUGAUAAGAUUUUGGAAAUUACUUCUGAUGAUUCAGUUGCUAAGUACUCAUUUGGCAGUGUAGCAAUUCUAUACCGGAGGCAGGUAUCUGGAAAAGUAUUCCAAACAGCCUUUCGUGAUAGGAAGAUACCGUUUAACAUUCAUGGUGUGGCCUUCUACAGGAAAAAGGUAGUUAGAGCCAUUGUUGCCAUGCUUAGAACAACAUUAUCUGGUUGCGAUGAUGGCUCAUAUCGUCAAGUAUUCAAGGCUUUGCUACCUUGUGAUAAAGAGGACAAGAAAAGGGUUAUUGAACACAUUGAUAAGAUUUCAAUUACCAGAAAAUGCAGUUUUGUAUCAGCUGCCUCUGAUAUUUUUAGUGCAAAGGUCUCCGGCACCUUCAAGAGGAGUCAACUAACCCAAGGACGCAAAGUGCUGUUUACACUAGACAUGAUAUCCAAACUUGUUCACAGGGAGCAGUCAAUUUCAGCUGUCAUAACUUCAGUGGCAAACAUGAUACCUCAGAAAUACCUACUUGAGCAGCGAGCAGUUGUUGAUGUUGAUGGAAGGAAAUUGCUGAAUGAAGACAAUGACAUUAGAUCUGUUCUACAGUAUCUCCUGGAUGAUGUCUCUGAUUUUUUAUCAACGAAAUUUACUGCAAGCAAAGAGGAGAGUGAUGUUAUUGUAAAAGAAGGCGGCUGUGGUCAUGUACUAAAAGCUUUUAUUGACUUCAUAUCUGAGAGGGAGAGAGAAAAUUUUCGUUCUCGCAGACAUGAUAAUGAAGAGUCUGUCACAUUGACUACCAUUCAUCAGUCAAAGGGCUUAGAGUGGGAUACUGUUUUUAUAGUGAAGGCAAAUGAAUCUGAGAUCCCUUUGUUGCAUGAAUUUAAUGGUGUUGUGAAGGAAAAUGGUACCUCAAUAGAGGAGGAGCGACGCCUGUUGUAUGUGGGGAUGACUCGAGCUAGAAAAAAACUGUUCAUUCUAUAUGUUCUCAUGGAUUCAAGUUGGCAGAUGCUUCAACCUUCAAGAUUUCUGAAAGAGAUUCCACAUCACCUUCUAGAGGGGGAGCUGAGUGUACAGGGUUUACAUGCAAAGCAAGAAAGUACUCCAAUAGAAAAUGCCCAGUUUACUAUUGGUGAAGGAGGAGACAAGAAAUCUUCUAGGGAAGAUAUUUUACCAAAUGAGGGUCUCAAUAUUCAAAUUGAUGAGUGUUCAAAGGAAACAACAGAACCAAUGGGCUCAUGUGAUGGGAAUAGUUUUUUAAGAAGAUUCAAUGUCGAGGACAGAUCAGUUGUUUCCCACUUAUUCCAUCACUGGGCCAAGAAGCAAGCAUUUCAAGAGCCUAAGAGGUUGCUGGAUAAGGUUGGCUUUGCAAUUGAUGAACGUUUGAGGGUCACGAAAAACAAACACAAGGAUGCUUUGCGUGAGCUAAAGUCCUCCUUGAAGUGUGAUGAAGCAUUUCACUAUGCGGAAUAUAUUUUAAAAUGGGAGAAAAUUCCUGCUGAUAAACGUGCUCAUUUGAUGAGGAUGAAACAAGAACAUUUCCUGAAGCUGAGAAUUGAGAAUGCAAUGGGAUCAUCUGCCCCUACAUCCAAGCAGAUCUCAUAUCUUCAAAAUCUGGGAUGCACAGUGGUCCCUACAUCGCGGCUCCAUGCUUCUCAUUUGAUUGAGCAAUACAAAUCAUUAUGAUGGGAGAGAUCCAAGUUUUAGGGCUGGAUGAUGGAAACGUUCACCUAUAUUUAAAUGAUUCUAUCAAAUGUUAUGUUGUUGACAGAAAAUAAAAUAUAGCGAUACUAACUUUUGUAGAAUAGUUUGUGAAUAGCAGAGACGAAUUUGCAGAAAUCAGUAGGAAGACACUAAAAUUUUGGGAAUCUUGUGUAUGACACUUGUAUGAAUGAGAGAUUCAAUAUUUAAAUCCAUUGACAGAAUAAUCUUUUUGUGAU